UGUGUUCCUUGAUUAUCUUAAACGAAAAGAAAGCGUUGAGCUCUCGAGAAGUGUUUUCAUCGCAGAACAGCUUCGCCAACAGCAGGUUCGAUCAUGGAUUUUUAAUACUCUUAUUCUGAUCUCGGACUUGUUUUAGAUAACUUGAAGGUUCCAUUUCUAUGUCGAUCUAGGAGUGGAAGUAAUGGCAAAAAGCACGUUCAAGGAAGAGCAUGACCUAGAGAAGAGAAGGGCAGAGGCUGCUCGGAUUAGAGAGAAAUAUUCAGAUAGGAUUCCGGUGAUUGUUGAGAAGGCUGAGAAGAGUGAUAUACCAACCAUCGACAAGAAAAAAUACCUAGUCCCGGCUGAUUUGACAGUGGGGCAAUUUGUGUAUGUCAUUCGCAAAAGAAUCCAACUCAGUUCAGAAAAGGCUAUCUUUAUAUUUGUCGACAAUGUUCUUCCUCCAACAGGUGCUCUGAUGUCUGCUGUCUAUGAAGAGAAAAAGGAUGAUGAUGGGUUCCUCUAUGUCACUUAUAGCGGAGAAAACACAUUUGGAUCAACAUAAAUCUCUUGCUGGAUAUUUCAUCUCAUUUGAUUAUCUAAGCAAAGAGCGUUUGUACUUCUCUAAGAACUGUCGGUUUGGCGUUAAUGUGUACAGUAAACAUAAAAUAAUGUAUAUAUUAAUAAUAUACUCUCUUAUUCCC